GUACGGACGAUUUCGACGGUGUCAUGAAAAACAUCGGCACAAAAAAAAACUGGUGGAAUCUGUGAAAUCAUGGCACGGCGUUUUCUUUUGGCUACACUAAUGCGUGUUUCUAUGGUUGAAACAUGCGUGUUUCCAUGGCUGAUGUGAUAGACGAACUUGGGUGAACUUAUUCGGCGUACCGUGUUUCUGACGUUUCCGUGACUACGGCGUAGUGUACGAAGUGGGAUUUGCUACACUGUUUUCAAGGGAUAGUGUAAAACCAAUUACUAGUGUGACAUUUAAAAUUGGAAAAUAAAAGUUAACCGAGAAUAGGAUUUAGCGCAAUGAUGAAGUAUACAUUAUGGUAUUGCAGUAUAGUGUAGCGCUUACACGCAACUGGUGCAAGGUUACAUCCAGUGCAUCCCAAAGGAAUACACUGUCAAGUUUCCUGCUUGUGGUUAGUCUAAAAUAAAUGAAUUUAAGAAGUGUUUGUUGAAACAAUAUCAUGUUACAGAAUUGAUCAUUGAUGUAUCAUCAUGAUGUCGCAUUUAUGGAAAUCAGCAGACAAAAGCAUUCAAAAGAGCGUGCUAAAGUCGGGUGUUUUCAUCAAGAAGCCAACGGAAUGCUCCACGUGCACUAUUAUUGUAGAGAACAUAAACAUUACUGGAAUGUCUGAAACGGAUUUGAAAGAGAAAUAUCAUACUAAUGUUCUUGAUGGAGAAUCUGAAAAGAUGGUGGUUAUAGGAGAAGCUAGCUCAGAAAUUGAUGAAAAAGUCGAGAGAGUGAUUUGUAUGAUGAAUAUCAAUGAGAGGAGUCUUGUUACUAUUGCUAUGCCUUUGAAACAAUCAGAUGAAUCUGUAGAUAAUAAUGAAUCUGCAAUAGUUAAGUUUGAGAUCACAUUGGUUCUUUGUAAACGUCAUAAACCAGUUUGGGAAUGGAGUGCAGAAGAAAAGUAUCAAGUAGCUUUGAGAUAUAAAGAGAGAGGUACUGAGUUAUUCAAGGAGUCCCGAAUCAUAGAUGCAUUCCGCAGGUUCAGCAAAGCUUGCAAGCUUCUCAUAACAUUGGAGCCAAUAGCUGACUUAGAAUUAGAUAAACAGUUGGAAUACAAUAUUAAUAAUUUAAGACUUGCAUUGUAUAAUAACAUGGCUAUAUGUCAACUGAAGCGAAAGAACUAUCAACAUGUCAUUAUGCUGUGCACAAAGGUGUUGAACAAAGAUGAGAAUAAUGUUAAGGCCUUGUAUAGAAGAGGAGUAGCAUAUGGUAAUAUGGGAGACAAUGAAAAAGCUACAAUAGAUUUGAAGAUAGUACUUACUUUAGAAUCUACUAAUCACUCGGCAAAAGAACAAUUUGAUGUGUUCAACAUUAGAUUGCAAGAAUCACUUCAGAGAAAUAAAGAUAUGAUGAGGAGAAUGUUUAAGAUUUACUAG